GUAUAGAUGGACAAAAAUGAAUCGAAUGAUUCAUUAAUUAGAUCAUAAAUGUCUCAAAAUCUGUAUAUUCCAUUUGUGUCCACCUCUACCUAAUAUUAAUGUUUUCUGUGAAAUUUAUUUUUAUUUUUUCUGGUUAAUCAAGGAAACUUGUUGGGAAAAAUAACUAAGGAAACUUCAAUAUAAUUGGAACCGAGGUUAAGACGAAACAAAUAAACACAUUAGUUCUGAAGUGACAUUCCCUCUACAUCCGAUAUUCUCGCAUAUGCAUGUGGGAGCGUUACCGAUUGCUCUCUUAUUCGAAUCAGUGUGGACGUAUAUUCAUGAUGUUUUCUUGAACAUAUAUUCAUGAUGUUUUCUGAACAUAUAUUCUUCAAUCAUUUUAAGCAAUGACGUGUGUGUUAUAAUACUAUACUAAUACUUAACCCCAAGAAAUAUUUUAUCAAUUAGUUAUUAAUUUAUUAUGCAUAAUGCAUUUUCCACCGGAAAAGAUACGCAAUUUUCAAUGUGUUUUUAUUUAUUUAAAUGUUGAUCCCUUUAAUGUCUCGUAUUUUAUGUUCUCGUCUUCUACUGACUGGUAAUAUACAUGAGUUAUUACAAGUGGAUAUAUAUUUCAGUUUCUAGAAAAGGUUGCACAAGGUAGAUUGAAACCACCAAAAAUUAUGAUAUGAUUACCAUAAAAAAAAAGGAAUUAUGAUAUGAUUGGCUGUGAUUACUAAUUUAUGAGUGUUGAAUUUAAUUCAUGACAACUCUAGCUCGUUUUGUAGUAUAAGACAAUUAAAGUGGUAGAUAGACGUUUAACAUAUUCUUGAAACGUUUCACGUUUAUAAAAAGACAUUUGGUUUUCUAUAUAUUAAACGCACACAACAAGGCAGGAAAUCCAAACGUUCAUCAAAUCGUCGAUGAUAGCUAUGCAGACUACAAAACCACACGCCGCCAUGUUCGCCAGCCCAGGAAUGGGCCACGUCAUCCCGGUGAUCGAACUCGCAAAACGCUUAGCUGGAUCCCACGGCUUCCACAUCACCAUCUUCGUCCUUGAAGCCGACGCAGCCUCCGUUCAAUCCCAGUUUCUCAACUCACCUGGCUGCGUUGCCAACCUUUUUGACGUUGUCGGCCUCCCGUCUCCGGACAUCUCUGGCAUGGUUGACCCGUCAGCCUUUUUCGGGAUCAAGCUGUUGAUCAUGAUGCGUGAGACUGUUCCCAUCCUCCGAGAAAAGAUCGCUGAGAUGAAGCACAAACCAACGGCUCUUAUCGUAGACGUGCUUGGCCUGUACGCAUUACGGCUCGGUGAAGAGUUCAACAUGUUGACUUAUGUCUUCAUCGCUUCAAACGCACGUUUCCUCGCGGUGGCUAUGUACUUCCCAACACUGGACAAAGACGUGGAAGAAGAGCACAUAAUAAAAAAGAAACCCUUAGCUCUACCGGGAUGUGAACCGGUUCGGUUUGAGGACACUCUUGAACCGUUUCGUGACCGGACGGACCCGAUUUACCAGGAAUGUGUUCCUCUUGGUUUGUUGUACCCAACGGCUGAUGGGUUAAUUGUGAAUACAUGGGACGAUAUGGAGCCCAAAACCUUAAGAUCACUUCAAGACCCAAAGCUCCUUGGUCGGAUUGCUCGUGUUCCGGUUUAUCCAAUUGGUCCUAUAUGCAGACCGGUUGAUCCAUCUAAAACCAAUCAUCCUGUUUUGGAUUGGUUAAACAAACAACCGGACGAGUCAGUGCUUUACAUCUCAUUUGGAAGUGGCGGCUCUCUCUCAGCUAAACAACUAACUGAACUGGCUUGGGGGCUUGAGCUGAGUCAGCAACGGUUCGUUUGGGUGGUCCGACCACCAGUGGACGGUUUACCUUGCAGCGCAUAUUUCUCGGUUAACAAUAGUGGAAUACAAGAUAGCACGCCAGAUUAUCUACCAGAAGAGUUCGUUAGCCGAACACACGAGAGAGGUAUUGUAGUCCCUUCAUGGGCUCCGCAGGCUGAGAUCCUAGCCCACAGGGCUGUUGGUGGGUUCUUGACUCAUUGUGGUUGGAACUCAAUUCUAGAGAGCGUUGUUAAUGGUGUUCCAAUGAUUGCUUGGCCGCUUUUUGCGGACCAGAAGCUGAAUGCAACGCUGCUUAAUGAAGAGCUUGGAAUCGCCGUCCGGUCUAAGAAACUGCCGUCUGAAGAGAUGACUUCAAGGGUAGAGAUCGAGGCGUUGGUGAGAAUGGUUAUGGUAGGAGAGAAAGGUUGUAAGAUGAGAGAGAAGGUGAAGAAGCUGAAAGUCACGGCAGCUGAGGCGGUGAGUUGUGACGGUGGAUCGGCGCACAAAUCUCUGUUUGGAGUUGCACAGCAAUGCCAGCGCCUUUUGGGCCGCGCCAGUGGAAUGGCGCGUGGGGCCUAAGAACAUUUACUGUUUCAAAAUGUUAAGCUUAAGUCUGUCGUUUAAGUGUGUUUCCAGGUCGUCACAAGCUUGAUGCUAUCAUGUUUUAUCUUGUCACCGUCACUUGCUAUCAGUUACUAUGUAUCUACAUCGUACAAAUAAAUAACCGGUGUUUAAUC